CAAACUCUCCAUCACCUCUUUCCAUACUCAUAACUCUUCAAUCUUUUAUUUCAUCCACCAUAUCAAUUAAAAAAAAAAGAGUAGAAACGUGUUAUUUAAAAUAUGACCUGGAUUCACAUGAAUGUAAGCACACAGUAUAGAUUGGCAGGCUGUGACGAGGGAGGGGGGGGGGCAGAGUAAAUUUCCAAAAUGCGGUCACCACCCUCAGCCCCUCCCCUGUCAUCUCGUUCCUGAAUUUAAUUGAUCGUCUUACCCGACAGAAGCUUAUUCUUCAAACUUUUGCGUCCAGAUCGGGAAGUUCUUCAGAAGGCUGGUUGAUUCAAAGAUGUGCUUAAACUGCGGUUCCCCCUGCCUCGGUCCUCUGGCGUUCCAUCCCAACGCCGUGGGAGACCAGAUCCAACUGAGUCUAGAUAACCGCCUGGCCAAUAGGAUCAGCCAAUUCAAAAACGGCCUGUUGUUCAGCGAUCGGAAAGUGAGGGUCCUGGAGCGGGUUCGGCUGCGGGUGGAGAGCGCCGACACCAAAUGGGAAGGAGCCCUACGAGUGGGCUUCACCAACGUCCCGCCGGAGUCCCGAUCCCUGCCCCUGCCCCAAUUCGCCAUCCCCGAGCUCACCGAAACCUCCGGUCACUGGGCCGGUCCCCUGCCCGAAGAGUUUUGUCUUCCGGGACGCGUCGUCGAGUUCUGGGUGACGAGGAAAGGCAGCUUGUACGUCACGACGCAGAGAGGCCACCGGUGGAAGCUAGUUAGCGGCGUGUGCGUCGCGAAGCCACUGUGGGCCAUGAUCGACGUUUACGGACAGACGACCGCCGUUCUCCUCUUGGGUUCCAAAAUAAGCGGAAGGUUUUUCACGAGGAGGUCAUGCCAGCCGCGGCCCUUCCUUGUUGUCGACACGGACUCGUCGGCGUCCGACAGCGACGACGGCCUCGACCCGCCGCUGAUAACGGAUGGCGAAGAAGUGAUGACGUGCGUGGCGUGCAUGACCCGGGAAGCCGCCGUGUCUCAGCCUUGCGGCCACCGCUGUUUGUGCGCCGGGUGCUACUGGCAAGUUUUUCGGCGUUCUGCCACGUGCCCCCUGUGCAGGGAGAGGAUGACGGUGCAGGAAGUUCCUUGACGAUUUGUUUAUGGGCUCUGUUUUUCUGUAAAUGUCAAGCACUUGUGAUUGAAUGUUCUGCCGUAUUACUUGAACGUGACCAAAACACACUUAGUUGGGUAAAUAAUAAAAGUACAGGUCGUGUACAUCUCAACAGAAAAGCGCGUUUAUUUUGGUACUCAUACAAUAAUAAUAAUCAUUUGUAUUGUUUCCUGAUUGUUUUUUAUAUAAUGUUUUAAUAUUUAAAGAUGCUGACUUUUUUCACAGCUGCCGCGUUAGCACCACCGAGCUAGCGUUAGCGCCGCCGCGUUAGGAUUAGCGCUCCCGCGCUAGCGUGAAACUCUUUUCUGUGUACCGAGGCUUAUCACCAGGUGCGUUCUGUAGGCCGGGAAUUACGGUAUAUAAAAAUAAUCCAAAAACAUCACGCAAUAUUUGAUAUCUGAGUAUGUGAAUAUGUGAAUUAACCUUUUGUUGCUAUUGACGUACUUGGACGUGCUGCUUAAUGUGAUUUGAAUCGCUCUACAGUUUUGUUUGCAUUGUUCAUGAGCUGGUCACCAAUGUCUUUUUUUCAAUUUAAAUCAGUUAAUGCAGAUUCAUGUAUUUUUGUAUAUAUGUAAUUAUGUAUGAUGUUUGUAAAUACAACUAUGA